CGCUCUCCUCUCGCGAUAUUUCCUCAGUAGGUCGCGGAGCAGUAUGGCAGCCGUGGCGCUGAGGUCCUGCCGCAGAGGACUUUCACAGAUUUUAAGCAAUGGAGGAUUUUCUACUGUCACUUCAAAGGGUUUGGGAGGAGUAAGACACAAGUCCACGGUUCAGUAUGCCACACGGCCAGACCUCCCAAAGUUGGCCUACAGAAGAGUGAAGGGGAAGAGCCCAGGUGUGGUGUUCCUGCCCGGCUAUGGCUCCAACAUGAACGGCCAGAAGGCAGAGGCUCUGGAGGAGUUCUGCAGGUCAUUGGGGCAUUCUUACCUAAGGUUUGACUACACAGGCCACGGGGCCUCAGAGGGGGUGCUAGCAGAGGGAACUGUGGGUACCUGGAAGAAGGAUGUCCUUUUUGUCUUGGACGAAUUAGCAGAAGGGCCACAGAUCCUGGUGGGCUCCAGUAUAGGAGGUUGGCUCAUGCUGUUGGCAGCCAUUGCACGACCAGAGAAGACUGCUGCCCUGGUGGGCAUCUCCACUGCGGCUGACCACAUCGUCACAUCUUUUAAUUCUCUUCCUCUGGAGACACGGAAGGAGUUUGAGGAGAAGGGGGAGUGGACAAUUCCCACCAAACACUCAGAGGACGGUGUGUACAGAUUUAGCAUGGACUUCCUGCGUGAGGCGGAGAAUCACUGUGUGCUCCAGAGCCCCAUCCCCAUCACCUGCCCCAUACGGCUCAUUCACGGCCUGAAGGAUGAAGAUGUCCCCUGGCACAUCUCCAUGCAGGUUGCCGAGCGUGUCCUCAGCUCCGAUGUGGACGUCAUCCUUCGCCGACAUGGCCAGCACCGCAUGGCUGAGAAGGACGACAUCAAGCUCGUGGUCUACACUAUUGAUGAUCUUAUAGACAAGCUGACCACCAUGGUCUGAGUGGGGGAUAAGCGGUUGAGCCUGGGGGCUGGUGGAUGGAGGAGCAGAAGGAGUUUGGGUGCUGAGAAGGCAGCCCGGAAGGAAAUCACCAAAACUACAGCAAUGCUCCUAACUCUCUGCCAAAUAUGAUCUCUUACCCUGCUCCAUUCUCCUCUCCUUUUUCCAUUUGUCCCCAGCCUUUUUUUUUUUUUUUUUUAAACAUGCCGUUACAGACAGAACAAGCUGUUAUGCACGGACAGUUCAGACUACAAUGAAAGGGAGCUCUCCUGCAAGCUGCUCCCUUAUAUCUUCAGGUUGUGUUUGUACGCGUUCCAGGUUAUUAUGUAAAGUGUUAUUUUGGUCAACCUUUAAUAGGUCUGCCACUGCUGCUGUCUCUGCCGCCGUUCUCACUGUUUGACUAUUUUUCCCUGUCCUUUUAGACCCAUAGUUUUUUCCUGUGCCUUUUUUAAUCACUUUUCACCUGUUUUGGCCAAUAAAACUUCUGCACACCA